AUGGAUGAGAACGACGUUAAUAUGCCGCUGCUGAGUCCUAGUUCCCAAAGUGAUGAGGAAAGAGGAGAAAGAAAAAGUGAAGAAAAUAUGUGCAAAAGAUACAUAUUGACUCUGGGAAAGCAAUUUUCAAAACACAGGAAGAUCAUAAUAAUAAUAUCAUGCGUAUUUACCUUCGUCGGCGCAUUUCUUGCAAUAUUCUUCGUAUCAUUCCUGAACUACCACUGCCUAAACCUAGAAACCCACGAUGUGGAUUUGACUGCUUCGUUAAAAUUUUACGACGGCGGAUCGAACCUUACAUUACUCAACUUUCCAGAGCAAUACAACGAUGAACAAAAUUGCAGUAUUGGAACACUUAUCGGCAUUCACGGAUACGGAGAUGCUUACAAUACAGAUUGGCUUGCCUACACAGCCGUGACGUUUUUUAAUGAGACGGAAAACGAGGGAUGGUGUUUUUUCUCCAUGGACUGGGAUGAAAUCGCGCAGUACAACUACAUAGCCUCCGCGAAGAAAGUACGAUCUCUUGGCUUCUGGCUUUCUGAAACCAUCCAAAAGCAUAACCAAAUAUUUGAUCCAUCCUCUAUCCAAAUUAUCGGUCAUUCAUUGGGCGCGCAUAUAGCCGGUUUUACCGGGAAAGAAUUCUUCGCCGCUACUGGAAUCAAGAUCUCAAAAAUAUCGGGCUUGGACCCAGCUGGACCGCUUUUCCAAACGUGUGACGACCAUCAUCGAUUGUCAACUCAGGAUGCUGAUCAUGUACUCACCGUCAUCACCAAUUCUGGCUACUUGUUUCAUAAUGGAUUGGUACAGUCCUUGCAAGUAGGUAAAUCAAAUCUGAUCGUUAAUGGCGGAGUAAGACAACCAGGAUGCGGCUACUUCGAAAACGCAUGUUCCCACAAUAGAGCUCCUUGGGCUUGGCUCUUGAAUGCUCAGUUCGGCUGCGUUCUGGAGCAAGAUGAUGGACCGCUGGUUGAUGGAAAGUUCUUUGGACCCAACAAGCUGAAAAUUUUGCUUGGAGAUUUUACUCUCCAGACAAGAGAAGAAGAUAGUUUAAUUUACUGUGACCUAUAUGAAGAUUAUUUUCCACCUUGA